CUCCCGUCUCCACCGCAUCUAAACCCUGCCCCUCCCUCUGUUUUUCUCUCUCCCUCCAAGGUUCUUAGGGUUUCGCAUCCGCAUCAGCCGCCGCCGGAACCGGGGAGGCGGCGAUACGUCGCGAUGCAGCCAACAUACCAGCCGCCAAUGAACGGCCAGCACGCGCCUCAGCCGCAGGCCUCUGGGGCUCCGCCGCCUCCUCUGCAGCAGGCCCCCCCGCCGCAGCAGUACUACCAGGCGCCGCCGCAGUACUACCAGCAGGGACCCCCGCCGGCGAUGUGGGGCCAUCCGCAGCAGCAUAUGCCUCCGCAGUACGCGCCCCCGCCGCAGCAGUACGCGCCUCAGCCUCCUCAGCAGUACGCGCCGCCGCCGCAGCAUUACGCGCCGCCGCCGCCGCAGUACGGAGCGCAGAUGGCUGGCGGGCCGCCUCCGGGAGGCGAGGAUAUCAGGUCGCUGUGGAUCGGAGAUCUCCAGUACUGGAUGGAUGAGACCUACCUCUACAACGCCUUUGCGCCUGUGGGGCCGCAGCAGGUCACCUCAGUGAAAAUUAUCCGCAACAAACAUACUGGGCAGCCCGAGGGUUAUGGUUUUAUUGAAUUUCAAUCUCGAGCUGCUGCGGAAUAUGCUCUUGGGACCUUUAAUGGGCAGAUGAUGCCUAAUGUUGAACAAGUUUUCAAGCUAAACUGGGCUUCUUGUAGUGCUGGUGACAAGCGGGGUGAUGAUGGUUCUGAUCACACAAUAUUUGUUGGUGAUUUGGCUGCUGAUGUUACUGACGCCAUGUUGGAAGAGAUAUUCAAAGCCACCUACCCAUCAGUUAAAGGUGCUAAUGUUGUUACUGACAGGGCCACUGGUCGCUCCAAAGGAUAUGGUUUUGUACGCUUUGGAGAUCUAAAUGAGCAGACACGUGCUAUGACUGAGAUGAAUGGAGUGACAUUGUCUACAAGACAAAUGAGGAUUGGGCCUGCAGCUAACAAGAAGAAUAUGGGUACUCAGCAGACAUAUUCAACUAAUGCAGGGUACCAGAGCUCUCAAGUAAACGAGGCGGCGAAUGAUCCCAACAAUACUACAAUCUUUGUGGGCGGGUUAGAUUCCAAUAUAGAUGAGAACUAUCUAAGGCAAGUUUUUACUCCAUAUGGCGAAGUUGGUUAUGUGAAGAUUCCUGUAGGCAAGCGUUGUGGAUUUGUCCAAUUUACCAGCAGGGCGUGCGCUGAGCAGGCCAUCAGUGCACUGAAUGGGUCUCAGAUUGGUAGUUCCAAUGUUCGUCUUUCAUGGGGCCGUAGCCAAAACAAACAGCCUCCCCAGCAGGAUGCAAACCAGGGUAAUGGCAACAGCUACUAUGGAUAUCAACAGGGUCCUGAGGCAUACUAUGGUGCACCCAAUGCGCAAGAUCCUAGCAUGCAAAACUAUGGAUACUCUGGUUAUGGCAGUUACGAGCAGCAACAGCAGCCAUCUCAGCAGCAGCAGCCUGCACAGCAGCAGCCACCACAGCAGCAACAGCAGCAGCCCCCACAGCAGUGACCACUGAGGCGAUGGAGCGCAAUCAGAGAUUCAGAGCUGCAUGAACUGAAUGCUACCGCGUCAUGAGUUAUCGUAUAGGUGUCCUUGUUUGUAAGAUGGGUCGUAUCUAGUAGUACUUUGACUGUUGGGCAGUAGCUCUAGUUCUAUUCAGUGCUUCUCUUGGUUUUAAAUUAUCGAACUAUGUCCAUGACUGAGUUAAGCUUUUAAUGUUAUUUUGGAUCACCA